UCAAAAUUGUCGCGCACUCGACACGGACGCACCGGCUCCGGCACUCGGCACUACGGCACUACGGCACUCGGCUCCGGGUUUAGUUGUUUAAGCCAACACAAUACGCAAAAGAAACGUAUUUUCAAUUUUCAAGUGUCGUUCAAAAGCGUUUUGUCUAGUGUUAAGAUCAAGAUCACUACCUAAAAUACUGUAUUAUAAAAGAAAUAUAUGUAGACAUAAUAAAUCAAAGUGUUUGUUUAGAAAGUGUUUAAUAACUAAACCCACUUACGAUCAUAUUAAUUACGCGGGAUUACGCAUAAAAUCCACAACUUUACGUAAGCAUUUUAGUAUUUCAGCACGGUCAGUGCAGCCCGGCUCGAAUUCCCCAACGGACAACAGACAAUCGGGCCACUCACCUGACACAAAAUUCACCAUGACGAGUAUUUCGGCACUGCUGCAUCGCAGUCACAAUCACAGUCACAGCCACAAUCACAGUCACGGCCACAGUCACAGUCACAAUAGCAAUGGGUAUACGAGCAGUGGAAGUGGCAGCAGCUGUCACAGUCAUCACAGCAGGAGCAGCCUCUCACCUUUGCCGCUGGCAACAACAACAAUCGGAGGUGCCACAACAUCGCCACCACCACCGCCACCACAGCAGUCGGUGGUGCCAAAGCUGCAACAACAACAGCAGCAGCAACAACAAAAUAAUGGCAGCAACUCAAUUGGGAGCUCGCAUCAUGACCACAUUAAACGACCAAUGAACGCGUUCAUGGUCUGGUCCAGAGGACAACGGCGCAAAAUGGCCCAGGACAAUCCGAAAAUGCACAAUUCAGAGAUAUCGAAGCGUUUGGGUGCCGAGUGGAAAUUGCUUACCGAAUCACAGAAGCGUCCAUUCAUUGAUGAGGCCAAGCGAUUGCGCGCGCUGCACAUGAAAGAGCACCCCGAUUACAAAUAUCGUCCGCGUCGCAAGCCAAAGACGCUCAACAAGUCACCGGUGCCGGGUGGCGGCGGUGGCGGAGGCGGUGGCAGUGGAGCCGGAGGAGGAGGAGCUGGCGGCACAGCUGGCAAUGGAGUUGGUGCCGGCGGUCAGUUGGGCAAGGAGCAGAGUCAAGCACAGCACUCGCCACUUGGGGGACACAGUCUGACCCAUCAUCAUCAUCACCAUCCACAUCAUCCGCAUCCACAUCCGCAUGCCGCUCAUGCUGUCCAUGCGCAUCAUCAUGCGCAGCUGAGCGCCGUUGCAGCCGCUGCAGCUGCUGCCGCCGCCGUCUCCCACUCCCACUCACAUUCCCCCACCUCACUGGCCGCCAAAUAUGGCUUCGGAUCACCGCUGGAAUUGUCGCUGCCACGCGUUCCAGGUGGAUUUCCCGGGCUGGGGCAUUAUCCAUUGGAUCCAACCCUGGCGCUGGAUCUCCAGGCACGUCUCCAGGCCAUGUACGCCGGCGGCCUCUAUCAUCCGUGGCGCUACUUGCCACUCAUCAGUCCGGAGACGCCACCAUCACCGCCCAGCAGCAGCGGCACGGGCAUCUCAUCCUACGGCUGCGUCAAGUCGGCCAAAUCCUCGCCAGUCGCCGUUCCCAUGCCCUCGGUCGCCACAACGCCGCCCAACAUCAUUUGACCGACUCCGCUGCGCUUCGGCGCUGCUGCCGCAGAGCAUGCGGUCUAAAGUUACACCCGGACUAAGUGCCGCCUCCAACAAAAAAGA